ACAAAUUUUAUAUCUGUUCAAAAUAAAACAUAUUUUACGUUUAUGUGGCGAAAGUUUAAUUAAAAAUUUAACUAUUUUAGUACGCUGCCAUGUCAAAGCCAUCGAUAUUAAUCAUAGAACCGUUUUAUGGAGGUAGUCACAAGCAGCUGAUCGAUACAAUCAUCGAGUGCUUAAACAUCUGUGACUAUGAAAUAUUUAGUCUUCCCGCAAAGAAAUGGCAUUGGCGUGCGCGUACCGGCGCCUUAUACUUCUCACAAAUCAUACCGGUGGAUCAUGAAUACAAAGUGCUUUUUACCAGCUCAGUGUUGAACUUGGCUGAGCUUUUAGGUGUACGUCCAGAUUUGGUUAGUUGUAAAAAGAUUGUUUAUUUUCACGAAAAUCAAUUAGUCUAUCCAGUGCGUGAAGUGAAGGAGCGCGACUGUCAAUAUGGUUUGAACCAAAUACUAACAUGCCUUUCUGCCGACAAUAUAAUCUUCAAUUCGAAUUUCAACCGCACAUCCUUCCUGGACAGCAUUACACCGUUUCUCAACAUCCAACCCGAUUUUAAAUUGAAACACAUACGCGAUAAAAUUGAGAAAAAAUGUGAAGUUCUCUACUAUCCUAUUAAAUUCCACGCCUUCCCCAAUAAACGACUGAUGAUUGGCGGUGCGGAGCCAUCGCUAACCGCACUGAUGAGUGAUAAAGACUGUUUGCAUCUGAUUUGGCCACAUCGCUGGGAGCACGAUAAGAACCCAAAGCUGUUGGUGGAGGUACUUUUGGAGUUGAACAAGCGCCAAGUGGACUUUAAGGUGACAAUAUGUGGCGAAAACUAUCAGGCAGCACCAGAGUCCUUCGACGGCUUACAAGAUAAGCUGGGUGCCAAGCUAAUAAAUUUCGGUUUCUUGCCGCGUGAUAAGUACAUAAAAACAUUGUUGUCUGGUGAUGUUGUAAUCUCGACGGCGGGUCAUGAAUUCUAUGGUGUAGCUAUGCUUGAAGCCACGUACUGCGGCUGUAUGCCGAUAGCGCCGAAUAAACUCGUCUACCCGGAAAUAUACCCCAAAGAAAACCUCUACAACACUUCCAAUCAGCUGAUUAAAAUGCUCUACAAUUGGUGUCGCAAUCCGGAAUUGUUUCGGCGUCAAAGAGACACAUUUUUUGAAUAUUUUACAUUCGAUCGCUACUCAGCGCAACAUUUAGUGCCUAAAUUCCUAGAGAAAUUGCGCAUUUAAUGACGCACUUCCUUCACUUGCCAGUUUAUAGGUUUUGUGCAAUAUCUGGCGAAGCAAAAAUUAUCAUAUACCAUACAUGCAAGUUGUAUAACAAUAUUCGAAUGCAAAGCGAUCUAAAACUGUAAGUAUGUGUUGCCAUGCAAACUUAUCAACUAACUGUAAGAGAUUGCAGUUUCGUCACAGGUGGCGAAAAUCAUAGAUCAACUAAAAACUAUGUUAAUAGAUGUAAAUUAGCAGCCUGAAAGAUUUACAAGAAAAAUUUACAUAGAGAAAAAUUAGCUUACAAAUUGAUAUACAUACAUACAUAUAUGUAUGUAUAUAUUUUUAUCCUAUUACAGGGUAGGUAAAACUCGAUCAUUGAAAUUUGUUAAACUACUUAGAUUUUGCUUUGGUGAAAAUUAAAACGAAUAUAUCAAUAAUUUUACAGUUAAAGUUUAAUAUAUGUAAUUGUUUGUUGUUUUCAAAGCAUAUACAACUGUUCAAAUCAUAUCUUUAAAAUAUAGUUAUGCAAUAUGCUAAGCUAUUAUAAAGUAAUUAUAGCAAAAUCAUUCAUCGUUUAGAAGUUUUAUACGUGCUUUUGAUUUUUUACUCCCCAUUGUUUUAAUACCAGCUUACCGAAUAAUACAAAUAAAUAUAUGUUACAUGUCUGUACCAAUAAAAUGUGCGAAUACACAAAAACAAACAUAAAA